UUCUUCAGCACAUGAAUACAGAACACUAUACGUUGGAGAUGCUGUAAAAUAAAAGUACAGACCAAGUCAUAGUUUUCAGCACCGUUCUCUAAUCUAUAAUGUAUUUUGACAUUUGUGGAUUAUUGAUUUGACUAUCUCGAAAAAAUACUGAGAAAUGCAUACAGAGAUUUAAUUGUAAUCAUUUUUAAAAUAUCGUAAGUAUAUUACCGUAACAGUUAAAUCAUGCAAUGAUUAUCAAACACAGCACAAUAUUUGGUUCUUGGAAUCUCAUAAACUAUUGACUAAGACAAAGCUGAAUAAUCUUCGUAUAUUUAAUAUGCGGCAAUAGUUUAUAAAAGUCGCGAUGGCGGCAGACACCGCUGUAACAUCCAGUCCCGAGGAGACUCUUGCAUCCCUUGUGAGAGAAGCAGAAGCGCUUAAGCAAAAGUUGGAAGAAGAGCGACAGAAAUUAAACGAUGUUACAUUAUCCUGUGUAGCAGAACGCCUGGAGCCUAUAACAAUAAAUAACUUGAAAGUACGGCGCAUCUUAAAAGGACACCAAGCUAAGGUGUUGUGUUGUGACUGGUCACCAGACAAACGGCACAUUGUCUCUUCAUCUCAGGAUGGCAAGCUAAUAGUGUGGGAUGCAUUCACCAGCAGCAAGGAGCUUACCAUUUCUAUGCCUAGCACUUGGGUGAUGGCUUGUGCUUAUGCCCCAUCUGGAAAUAUGCUGGCAGCUGGAGGCCUCGACAACAAGGUGACCGUGUUUCCACUGGGCGGUAGUGGGGAGGAGGAGCCAGCAGCGCGCAAAAGAACUGUAGCCACACACACCUCAUACAUGUCGUGCUGCCUAUUCCCCAACACGGACCGGCAGAUGCUCACGGGGAGCGGCGAUGGCACCUGCGCGCUGUGGGAUAUCGAGUCCGGCCAACUCUUGCAAAGUUUUCAGGGACACGGCGCUGACGUGACGUCUAUUGAUCUAGCGCCGAGUGAGAUGGGUGACACUUUCGUGUCGGGUGGGUGCGACCGCGCCGUGCUAGUGUGGGAUAUGCGAUCGGGUCACGCCGUCCAAGCGUUCGAUGCACACCAAUCGGAUGUCAAUAGCGUGCGCUUCCACCCAGCCGGUGACGCGUUAGCGAGUGGCUCGGACGACGCCAGCUGCCGGCUGUUCGACUUGCGGGCCGAUAGGGAAGUGGCGCGCUACGGCCGCGAGAGUGUGAUCUUCGGCGCCAACUCUGUGGAGUGGUCGGUGAGUGGCCGCGUGUUGUUCGCGGGCUACGGGGACUACACGGCGUGCGCCUGGGACGCUCUGCGCGGAUCGAGGCUGGCCUUGUUGCCCGGACACGAGCAUCGCGUAGCUGCGGUACGCCUUGCGCCCGAUGGCACCGCUCUCGCCACAGCCUCGUGGGACGCCACGCUGCGCAUUUGGGCCUAGACGGGCUGUGACUACUACUUCAGAUGCCCUGUUCAAAUCACUAUUUCCACCUGAAUAGCUGAGGCCGAGAUUAGAAAUAUCCUAGUUGGAAAAAAUUAACAUAAACCCACACAUGUAAUGUUCUACUAGCCUGUCAGUUUUAACUAGAUGAUGUUGUUAUUGUUUGUCCCUUUAUAUUAUCAUAUCUGAGGUGACACCUACGAACUCUUCGGAUUCAAAUUAGGAAUAUAUAUUACCAAGGCGUCUCAAUUAUUCAAUGUUUAGAUUUUUUAAUAAAAGAUCAUCUUAACAUUAUUAUCUGGUGAGCGUUUACAAAUUAAAGUGGUUUAUUUGAUUUCUAUAAUAAACCCUAUUUUAGCUGUUGAAAUAUCUCGUUAUUUAUGUUAAAGAUCUGUGACUGUGAAUCUAAUAGUUAAAUAUUGUUAUUUUCUGUCAAUCGACACCAGCUAAUAUAAUAAUUGAAUUAAAUGUUGCUUAACCAACUCAGAAACAAAUGAAGCUUUUAGGUUUGGAGUAAGUAUGUGAGACUUUUUGAACAUUCCUUUUAGUCAAAUGUUCAAUUUCAGAGCAUCUUUACCUUUAUAGAUUCACCAAAGUUUCAGUCGUGUUGUUCUUUUUACUAGUGUAAUAUUAAGUUAAUAUUGUGAGAGAAUCUUUUGUUGUUUUUGUAUGAUAGUCUAGAGAUAGCCAAAACAAUGUGUUUAAAAACGUGAGAAUUGCCGAUUAAGUCUUAGUUUUAUUAUAAUUAUAAUGUUUAACUUUAGUAAUUUAACCAGAUUAAAAUACUUUUGUCGUAAAUUGUAGAUCUUCAUAUAAUGAAGCAAUCGUAGAACGUAAUAUUGUUGAAACUGAACAGUACUUAAAUUUCAAUAGCAAGAUAUUGCGGAAAUCAUUUGCCCGUAAAUGAACAUAGAUGAAUUCCUUAGCAACUGAAUAUAUAUGUUAAUAAAUUAAGCGAUUACUUUUUUAAUAUCUAUGUGAUGUUUCCUGAGAUCUGUAUGUUUACUGUGUUCUCUGAAUCUCUCGCAAAUUGUUUCCUUGUGUGUUUCAGACAGAGGCUACGCUAAGCCAAAUGUAACCAAUAAAGAUUUGGUAUCUUAAUGAUUAUUCUGUAUUGUAUAUUUUAAAAUUUAAACAAUGUUAUGAGGAAAUCCCAGUCGUGUAGUAAAAAUAAAGUGAAUGUUGAAUGA